UCUUACAGUCUGACGUCACCAAGCCCUGUGCAUAGCUCAAAAUCAGAAGUCAGUGGAGCGCAUUGUGAAGAUAAGGCUGAAAUCACAAUUAUCCAGUGUGAGGAGAAUUAUUCAAAGCAAGAUGAAUCAUUUAUACCUCCACCAGAAUCCCAGCCUAUUAGCCCAGCCAUGUAUCCAGACACAUCAUGGGAGGAUCAUCUCCUAGAGCAACAGGAUCACUUAGAGAGGGAAAUGGAGGAAGCCAAGAAAAUGAUAUCUGGCCUGCAGGCAUUGCUGUUAAAUGGAUCGCUUCCCGAAGACGAACAAGAGAGCUUAUUCUCUUUGCGUGAAGACGGGGCGUGCCCAGAAGAACAGCUGGUUAUCAUCAAAAGUCGCCUUGACCAGAGUAUGAGUGAGAACCAGUGUCUGAAGAAAGAACUCCAGAACUGCAAACAAGAAAAUCGGAAUCUCCAAGCAAUCAAGGAUGCCUUGCAGCAGAGAAUGGCUCAGCAAGAAAGCUCUGUUCUUCAACUGAAGCAGGAGUUGUUGAGGGCAAACAUGGACAAGGAUGAACUCCAUAACCAAAAUGUGGAUUUGCAAAGAAAACUGGAAGAAAGAAAUCAGUUAAUUGGGGAUUAUAAAAAAGAAAUCACACAAAAGGAUUGGCUUAUACAGCAGAUGCAGGGGAAACUUGAUGAGGCACACAGAAAACUUUCAGAAGCAAGCUAUCAAAAGGUCAGCAAUUACAUCAGCCACCCGGCACAGACUAAUGGCUUCUUACAAACCACUGGCAAAGGUCCUGUGCGUGACUCUUUACCACAGAGGACGGCUAACGAUCUGCAACUUGUCCGUGAUGCUCUGCGUAGCCUGAGAAAUAGCUUUAGUGGUCAUGACCCUCAGCAUCACACUAUAGACAGUCUAGAGCAAGGAAUUGCCAGCCUGAUGGACAGACUGCACGCCAUUGAGACUCAAAGGAGGCAUGACAGAAAGGCAAGAGGAAAGGUAUCUGGAAAUAAAGAAUUUAAUGAAUAUAGAGAUUCCUGGCCUCCCAACUCUAAGAUGCCUCAUUCACAGAGUGCCCCAAUAAUGGGUGGCAGUAAUUCCUGCACCAAAGUGCUAUAUUUUACAGACCGUUCACUAACACCCUUUAUGGUCAGCAUACCAAAGAGGUUAGGGGAAGUCACAUUGAGAGAUUUCAAGAUAGCCAUUGACAGGGAGGGAAAUCACAGAUACCACUUCAAGGCUCUAGAUCCAGAGUUUGGAACAGUCAAAGAAGAGGUAUUCCAUGAUGAUGACAUCAUCCCAGGCUGGGAAGGAAAAAUUGUGGCAUGGGUUGAAGAAGAUCAUGGAACCAACUGA